AUGUCUACUAGACAAAUGUCUCCAACAAAAUCACAGAACGGUUCUCGGAGUUUCACUAGAGCUUUGGCAUUAGCCUUUAAUGAGUGGCUACUGAUGUUGAUGCUCUUCGCGAACUCUAUAUUCUCUUACGUGAUCACGAGGUUUGCUGAUUACUCAGAGCUCCAAUCUCCAUGUCUUAUGUGCUCAAGGCUUGAUCACAUUCUUGGGAGGGCAAAACAUUUGAACAAGAAAACUCAUUGGGACAUGAUUUGCUCUAAACACAAAUCGGAAAUCUCUUCGUUGGUUUACUGUCAUGCUCAUGGAAAGCUUGUCGAUGUCCGUGGAAUGUGCGAAACUUGCCUUUUCUCCUUUGCUACAACCAAUAAGUCUAAUGCUGAAACUUACAGAUUGUUGGUUGGGAAAUUGGGUGAAGACUCUUCUUGCUUUGGACCGAAGAGUGAUCCGAGCACAAAUCCAAAAUAUUGUACUUGUUGUAAUCAGCUGUUGAUGCCUCAAACCGCGUCUACUCCUGUGGCGAGACCGGAAACACUACCCAAGAUUCGUUUGCGUGGCGGUUUGAGCACCGGGAAACAAUCUACACCCCAGAAAAGUGUCAGUUUCAAUCAUUUGCCUCAUGUUGGGUACAGUGAGCUCAAGUUUCAUUCAGAUACUGAAUCAGAAGCUUUAUUUUCAGAAGAUGAAGGUGUGGUUAAAGAAGAGCAUCAUAAGUUUCAAGCCGUGGAUCUGGACACUCCUCCGGUUAUCAGCUUGCCUUAUGAUUUGGCUACCGACAAGUUGCUAAAUCUUGACUUCCCUUUGCAGCAUUUGCAAGAGAUCAAUUUGGGAGCUAAUUCCUUAUUUCCUGAGCUUAUUCCAGUUAAUGAUGUGCCUGAAACAUCAGAGAAGGCUUUGAAGGAAGAAGAGAUCAUUUCAUUAGAUAAUCUUUUCUUAACAUCACGCGCCAUGGAACAUUUCGGAGCUGUUUCGGAGGAGAAAGAAGAACUGAUUCGCUUCAAUGAUGUUUCUUUAAGACAAGGUUUUAAGGAAAUUCCUGCAGAAUCCUUAAUGAAGGAGACUGAGCUUAUUCCAGUUAAUGAUGUGCCUCAAACAUCAGAGAAGGUAUUGAAGGAGGAAACAUCACAGGCUAUGGAGCAUUCUGCAGCUGUUUUGGAGGAGAAAGAAGAGCUCAUUCGCUUCGAUGAUGUUUCUUUAACACCAGAUUUGAAGGAUAUAACUGCAGAUGCCUUACUACAGGAGACUGAGCUUAUUUAUCCAGUUAAACGUGUGCCUGAGACAUCAGAGAAGGUUUUGAAGGAGGAAGAGAUCAUUUCAUUGGACGAUAUUUUUUCAACAUCACGCGCUAUGGAACAUUUUGCAGCUGUUUCGGAGGAGAAAGAAGAGCUGAUUCGCCUCGAUGAAACUGUCUCUUUAACACCAAUUUUUAAGGAAAUCCCUGCAGAUGCCUUAAUGGAGGAGACUGCGCUUAUUUGCCUCAAUGAUGUUACUUCAACUCCUGAAGAUGUCCUAAAGGAAACUGAUAUUAUGUCCCUCCACGACAUUUCUCUUGGCGAUGUUCCUGAAUCAUUCACUACAAAAGAAACUUCUGUUGAGAUGUCGAAGGAGAACGACACAAACCAAGCUGAUAUAACUUCUCUGGAAUCUGAAAAUAUAGUUGUAUCAUCUACGAAAUCCAUGCCUGAAAACUGUAAGUUUGAACUUCCAUUUGAAUGUAAGGAUUCAAAGAAUGUGGUGAAGGAGGAACAAACUGCAGCUGUUUUGGAGGAAAUUCCUGCAAAUGCCUUAACUGAGGAGACUGAGCUUAUUUGCCUCAAUGAUGUUACUUCAUCAUCAUCAUCAGAUGCAGCAGAAACUCCUGAAGAUGUCUUAAAGGGAAUUGAGCUUAUGUCCCUCCAUGAUAUUUCUCUAGAAGAGGUUCCUGAAUCAUUCACUACUAAUGAAACCUCUGUUGAAAUGCCAAAGGAGAGCGAAAAAAGCCAAGCUGAUAUGACCUCUCUAGAAUCUGAAUAUAUAUUUGUGUCAUCUACAAAAUCCAUGCCUGAAAAUUCAACCGAAUACUGUGAAUCAGAGAACAAGGAAAUGGAAGAGACAUCUCUUACAGUCUCUUCUGUGUCUGAAAUGGCUCCACCGACCAUCACUUCUCACACAGAAGCACCUCCCGAGUCAGAAUCUUCUUCGUUCAACUCAAUGUCGGUGGCAGCGGAAACAAACCGUGAUUCAGGUGAGUUAUUGGAUCUUGCGGACGCAUACAAUAUCAUUGUAAGCAAUGAGGGUAACAAGGAUAGUAAUGGAGCACAAAUAGAGCAAUGGAUGAAGAAAGAUACUUCUAGAGUUAGCGAAGAUCUUAAAGCACUUCUUACUCAAAUAUCAGCUUCACGCGGGAUAGAGUUUUUGUCUCCUAGAGAUAUAAGCCCCAGGAUAUGUAGUGAUCAGGAGACAAAGGACUUAGAUCAUGAUAUGCAGUUGCUACUUCAGAAGAGAAUGCUCGAAAGGAACGAGAGCAACUUAUCGUUGGAAGGAGUUUCCGUGAGCGAAAUCGAGGGAGAAAGUGAGAGUGAUCGGUUGAAAAGACAGGUUGAUCAUGACAGGAAAUUACUGUCUGGUUUAUACAAAGAACUAGAGGAAGAAAGAAGCGCUUCAGCGGUUGCUACAAACCAAGCAAUGGCUAUGAUUACGAGGUUGCAGGAAGAGAAGGCGUUGUUCCAAAUGGAAGCUUUGCAGAACCUGAGGAUGAUGGAAGAACAAGCAGAGUAUGAUAUGGAAGCAAUACAGAAACUGAAUGAUUUACUUGUUGAGAGAGAAAAACUAAUUCAAGAUUUAGAAGCUGAGAUUGACUACUUCCGGGACCAGACCCCGCAGAAGAAGGAUACGCUGGAUGACGCAGAAAAGGUGACCGGGAAUGAUUCACAUAAUGAGAGAAUGAGCAACAAGAUACAGAGUUGUUUAACCGGGUUCAACGAAGAGAGACUAUAUAUCACCAGUUUUUUGGAAAAGAUUGAAAAUAGAGUUCAAAUAGAUGUAAAUGGCGCGCCUCAUGUCGAUAAUGUAGCAACACAAGAAUCUGUUUCUGAGCUACAUGAGAGAGUAGAAAGGCUAAAGGGAGACUUAUACUUCCUAGAACAUGUUGUGAAUUCUCUCGGUCACGGGAAUGAAGGCGUGCAAUUCGUUAAGGAAAUAGCUUCGCAUUUGCAAACUCUGCGGACACUCAGCAUGAAAAGACAAGAUCAUAUAGAGAGUUAA